GCAAGGAGUCCGCGCGGUCCUCACGCCCGGCACCUCGUCCACGACAGCUCCAGCCGCCCGUCAGCUCCAGCUCCAGCUCCUCACACCCGCUGCCUCAUCCAACUCCAACUCCAGCUCCUCACACCCGGCAACUCGCUGCGGUCCGACUCCUGUCGCCCGCAAGCCCGCUUCUCACGUCGCUCCAGCUCCAGGUCCUGCCGCCCGCCCGCCCACUCCAGUCCCACACCUAGAACAGCUCCUCCGGUUCCAGCCCCGGCAGCAGCCAGUCCUCCUUUCACCCGCCCAGCACCAGCCCCGAGUCCGGCCCCGGCCCCCCCGCGCCAUGGCCCCACCGCUGACCGCCGACCCCUGCUACAAAGCUCUGGCCCAUUGGCACAAACAACACGGCGCCUGCAUCAAUCUGCGGAAGCUGUUCGAAGCUGAUCCCGAACGCUUCAGCCAGUUCAGUCUGCCGCUGAACACCGACGAUGGAGCACUGCUGCUGGAUUACUCCAAGAACCUGGUCACUGACGACGUGAUGAGGAUGCUCAUGGACCUGGCCAAUUCCAGGGGUGUGGAGAAGGCAAGGCAACGGAUGUUUUCCGGGGAGAAGAUCAACUUCACCGAGAACCGUGCGGUGCUGCACAUUGCGUUGAGGAACCGUGCGGACGUGCCCAUCAUGGUGGACGGGAAGGAUGUGAUGCCCGAGGUCACCGCCGUGCUCAACAAGAUGAAGGCCUUCUGCCAGAGCGUGCGGAGCGGCGAGUGGAAGGGCUUCUCGGGCAAAGCCAUCACCGACGUCGUCAACGUGGGCAUCGGGGGGUCUGACCUGGGGCCGCUGAUGGUAACGGAGGCCCUGAAGCCCUACGGCAAGAACGGGCCCAAGGUCUGGUUUGUCUCCAACAUCGAUGGCACCCAUAUAGCCAAGACCCUGGCUGAGCUCAGCCCGGAGACCACCCUCUUCAUCAUCGCCUCCAAGACGUUCACCACCCAGGAGACCAUCACCAAUGCGGAGUCGGCUAAAGAGUGGUUCCUGAAGACGGCCAAUGACCCAGCGGCCGUGGCCAAGCACUUUGUUGCCCUCUCCACUAACGGGGCCAAGGUCAAGGCGUUUGGUAUCGACCCCAACAACAUGUUUGAGUUCUGGGACUGGGUCGGGGGCCGUUACUCGCUCUGGUCGGCCAUUGGCCUCUCCAUCGCGCUGCACAUAGGGUUCGACAACUACUCCCGGCUGCUGGAAGGAGCCCACUGGAUGGACCAGCACUUCUGCAAUGCCUCCCUGGACUGUAACGCCCCCGUGCUGCUGGCCAUGCUGGGGAUCUGGUACAUCAACUUCCACCACACGGAGACCCACGCGUUGCUGCCCUACGAUCAGUACAUGCAUCGCUUCGCUGCGUACUUCCAGCAGGGCGACAUGGAGUCGAACGGCAAGGCGGUGACCAGAUGUGGGACCCGUGUCAACUACAACACUGGGCCCAUCGUGUGGGGGGAACCUGGCACCAACGGGCAACAUGCCUUCUAUCAGCUCAUCCACCAGGGAACACGCGUGAUUCCCGCAGACUUCCUCAUCCCUGUGCAGAGCCACAACCCCAUCCGGGACGGGCUGCACCACAAGAUCCUGAUGGCCAACUUCCUGGCCCAGACGGAGGCGCUAAUGAAGGGGAAGACUGAGGAGGAGGCGCGUGCGGAGCUGCAGGCCGCCGGGAUGGGUGGGGAGGCUCUGGACAAGCUGGUGCCCCACAAGGUGUUUGAGGGCAACCGGCCCACCACCUCCAUCAUCUUUAAGAAGUUGACACCGUUCAUGCUGGGAGCCCUGGUUGCCAUGUACGAGCACAAGAUCUUUGUGCAGGGGGUCAUCUGGGACGUCAACAGCUACGACCAGUGGGGGGUGGAGCUGGGAAAGCAACUGGCCAAGGCCAUUGAACCGGAGCUCGCCACCCCCGACCCUGUCACCUCGCAUGACUGCUCCACCAACGGCCUCAUCAACUUCUUCAAGAAGCACCGCGUCUGAACCCCGGGGACACUCCCCCAACCCAUGGGACUGCGCACUGAGCUCUGCCUCGCCCUCGCCUCGCCUCCCCUCCUCAGCGCCUGGGCCUGACCGCAGGGUGAUUCCCCAGCCUCUGCGUGUUUGUGUGUCUGCGUGUGUGUUUGUGUGUCUGCGUGUGUGUGUGCCCCCCACACUGCUGUUGCGUUGCCCCCUGCCACAUCCCGACCCUGUACAUUCACAUUAUGUGGAAACUGGAUCAAGAUUUAAAAUAAAACUUCACCUCGAGUAGCU